GCUGUUGUAGUUUACAUGAGAGCGAAGAAUCUGCAGCGGUCCUGGUCCUCUUCUCCAUCUGUCCUGAGAGAAAACGGAUCCAUUCUGACGGUCUGAACCUUCUCUUUGAGCCUCAUCCACCGCUCCUGAUUCACAUCUGAGUGUCAGUCUGAGCUGGGACUGAAGGCAGACCUCUGAAGGUGGUGACACCUGGCUGCUGCACACCUGGCUUCAUUCAAUGAGCUGAGAUUAGCAUUAGCAUUAGCAUCGUUUUCUGAUAGAGACAGAUCAAACCGGAGCAGCCGUGUGUCAGAAACAUCUGGACUCUUUUAUACCAAUCUCCAGGCUAACGGUGACGAGCUGGCGCAGGUAGUGGGUUGUUCGUGGAUAAUGCGAGACAGUGGCGGUAGUCUGACCCAGAAUCGCUGGCAGGGAGACCUGGGUCUGACCGCUGUGGGGCAGGACGACACCGGAGGAGGUGGGAUUCCAGGAGACCACCUCAUCGUCCCGGUGUCCGGUCACAGUGUGCCCACCCCCAUGCACCUGAGGCUGGGACAGAAGGAGAAGGUGUGGAGCGGAGAGUAUGUGGAAGAAGACGAAGAUGAGGAGGAUGGGCUGGGCCGGAUGGAGGCCAUAGGGGAUGAGGACGAAGAGAACAAUCUGGAUGGGGAGUUUGAAGGGAAAGGCUGGGACAACAACGAGGAGGACGAAGACGAGGAGGAGGAGGAGGAGGAGGAGGAGGAGGAGGAGGAUGGAGACGAGGAUGGAGAGCAGGAGGAGCUGGACUGGGACGUCCCAGACUUCCCCUCCCAAUCCGACCCUCUGUCACACUACGGACCACAGCAGCAGGCGGACGAGGGUGGGGAUGCCCCGGUGGAGGACAGCAACUUCAGGGCAGAGGAGGGGCACUCGUUCCCGUUCCAUGUGACCAGGUACCAGAACCUGAGGAGGCUCAAACACUGGCAGCGUCUGCGGACCCGCCGGGGGCUCGGGGUCCGGCUCAGCCUCCACUGGAAGAACUGGCGUCAGCGGGCUCAGUGGGUCUGCUCGCAGAGUCAGAGAUGGAGGAGGAGGGGGCAGAGGUACGGUCUGUAUGGAAAGCAGAGGAGGACAAGAAGGUAUCGACAAUCACAGUGCAUGGACGGAGAGGAUGACAGCAAUGAUGAGAGGUUCAGGCUGUCAGACAGAGAUAAAGGGUUAAACGGCUGCUCUGUAGACAAACAGGAUGACCGAGGGAGGAGGGAGGUGGAGGUGAAACCUCUGGAGCUGGCCCUCACUGAGGAACACAUGAGCUGUGUGACUGGUAUUCUUGAAGAGUCUUUACAGCAGUAUGGCAGUUUGAUCCCCAUCCAUGUGGACGACAUCGUAGAGAAACUUCAGGACAUCUUCAGUGAAAGUUUCUCACAGCCGCACAGGAAAGCGGUGGUGCAGCACCUAAUACAGUCCUUCCAGCGCUCCUCGGGCUCAGCUCUCGCUAAAACGUUCAGAGUGAACUACAAACGCCACGUCCUGACUAUGGAUGACCUGGGGACGCUGUACGGACAGAACUGGCUUAAUGACCAGAUCAUGAACAUGUACGGGGAUCUGGUCAUGGACUCUGUGCCAGAGAAGGUUCACUUUUUCAACAGCUUCUUUUAUGAUAAGCUACGGACAAAAGGCUAUGAAGGAGUCAAACGGUGGACGAAAAACGUCGACAUCUUCCAGAAGGAUCUGUUGUUGAUUCCGAUCCACCUGGAGGUCCACUGGUCUCUGGUAAGCGUGGACAUUCCUCGCCGGGCCAUCACGUACUUUGACUCUCAGCGGACGCUCAACAGACGCUGCCCAAAGCACAUUUUUAAAUAUCUGCAAGCAGAAGCCAUCAAAAAAAACCAACAAGACUUUCUGACGGGAUGGAAAGGAUAUUUUAAAAUGAAUGUCGGUCGUCAAAACAACGACAGCGACUGUGGAGCUUUUGUGCUUCAGUACUGUAAGUGUCUGGCGCUGGGGCAGCCGUUCAGCUUCGGCCAGCAGGAUAUGCCUCGUCUGCGGAGGAACAUGUACAAAGAACUGUGUCACUGCAAGCUCACUCUGUGACCCCCCCCCCCCCCAAACCUCUACCUACCCUCGCUCCCCAUGUCCACGUGCUCCCACCGGAUCCCAACAAUCGGAGAGACAAUGAUCUAAGGAGAAGAGGACAGGGGGAGCAGAGGAGUGAACUGUUCAAAGACUUUAUUUUUCUCUGCAGACAUCCAGAGAUUCUUCUUCUUCUCUUGUAGGUGACUUUGUUUUGUCUCUCUUCGCUUCCCUCUCCUCACACUUUGAAAACUCUUUAAUUUCCAUGUCACAGUUAUUCCUUUGUGGUUGACAGAGGCCAAGACUAGCUUCCUUUUAUUUCUGAGACAGUCCAUCCUGUCGAGUCCAGCCACGUUUUUCAGUCUGAACGGAGAUCAUCUGAAGGCUUGGACCAAAGUUAGUCUUUCACAUGAGAUGCCUAAAGCCUGAGCUGUUGGUGGAUGAUUUUAACCAGCCUGUGGAAGCUUCUGGUAAAAUAGUACCCGUGGACUUCGAUGCCUUCCAUCCAUCUGGCCUGAUCGGUGCACCGUGCUCUAUUCAACAAGGCAACAGUGAUGAAGUACGAGGAUGUUUCAGACCAAAAGGGAGGCAAGUUUUAGGAUUUUAGAAGAAAAAAAUGAGCAAGAUGGUGUUUAGUUAAAGCCUGUCAGGGUUGAGAUUCUCCAAACUUCAUGUUCAGCAUGUGAUGCAGCGACAAAGUCAGUUUAUUUUCGCAGUUUCGUAUCCUCUUGUCCAGUCUGUGAGUAAUGCAGUGCAUUGAGAUGUGCCCUUUUUACCCUAAAGCACUGUUCCUGUCGCUCACAUUGACAUGGAAGUGAAGUAAGGAUCAACAGAGAUCUACAGGGCACCAAGUGUGUCCUACAGGGAGAUUUCUUGACUUAUUUUAACUUUUCACAUCCGUGCUCUGUGUUAGUCACCUUCUAAACAUCAUGAAAUAUAGUGCUUUUAUUUUGAAGGUGGAGCAACAGAAGUGUGAUGCUUCAUAUUGAUGGAAGUGAGCUGAAUAUUUGGUUAACAUUUCAAACAUGGAUGUGGAUUUUUUAAAUACAGCACUAUCUCCACUUUCAGAACAACCUCACUUUGCACCUCAUCACUCGUUUCUUCUUAUUGAUGACGUCCAUAUCCAUGUCUGAAAUACUUUACUCCAACUUCAUCACAAAAGUGACACUAUCCAGCUCACUGCGGUCAAACACUCAUCAAACCUCCAUUUUGCAGCCUUCGAAUUAAAAGUGCUAGAUGCUGCACUUAAAGGGGAUGGAGAUUUACAGGACAGAGACUAAAGUGUGCACAUCAAGCGAUAUCUGCACUCAUUUGCUGUUUGGACACUGUUAUAAAGUCAAGGCACAGAGGUAAUGCAGGCAAUUUUUACGUUCAUCACUCCCACCAAGCCGAUGUUUUUUCUCUUGUUUUACCAGAAAACCAAACUAGAGCUUCUUCAUCGCCCAUUUGAUUCAGCUUAUUGGCUUAUACUGAUGUUAAACCUCUGUGCAUCCCUAUGUCAAAGUCAGUCACUGUUUACAUUAAUGUACAGCAGGUUGAAACAAAGUCCAUCCAAGGUAUGAGCAUUUUAAAUGCCAUGUUGCGUAUCAUCAUCCUGCAAACACACCUGACUAAUACUGAAUUCAAACUUUUCAAAAUCUCAAUCAUGAUGCUAUUUCAGCAUCUAUUCAGCCUCUUUGUCAUUAAAUCAGAGUGAAAUCUGUUUAUUCUGUGGCUCAUAGCACUGCAGUAAGACUGGCAUCAGCCCACUUUAGUGAAACUUCUUGUGGUGGCCUACAGAUUUUAAUUUAAAAUGAAAAAUCCAAAUAAAAAAAAACCCUAACAUGUAGAUAAAUAAAACCUACCCUUGGUGUUUUUUCAGGCAUUUCAUAUAAAAUUGUGAAACAAAGAACUGCAAACCACAAAACAUCAGUUUUCCUUUUGUUUUUUUUUUUGUUUUCCAAAAAUAAUUUUAUAAGUGAAAAUGUGUUUUGCAUCUUUUUGUUCUGUUUAAAAAAGGAGGAUCAACAAUCAUAAGAUUGGUGAUGCAGCAUCCUUUUACACAACACCUGCAGCAUCAUAAACAACCGUACAUAACGAGAAAUAAUGUCACAUCAUUAGUGUUCUGUUUUUUUUUUAAUCAAACACAUUUUCAUUUAUUCCUUUCUUUUGGGAAACCAAAAAAGAGAAACAGAAAACAGAGAAAGUAAUACCGGAGCAUAGGUGAUGUAACAUUUUUUUUUCCCUUUGUUUGACCUGCUGCAGAUGUUUUGGGAAAAAGAAUGUUACAUCACCAUUAUUCCAUUCUUUGAUUUUCUUUUUUGAUCAGAGGACAAAAACAAUAAAGGAGUUUUUUUCAUUUUCAUAGUUCUUUUUGGGAAACACAAAGGAAAACUAAAAAUGAGGAACACUUUUUUGUUUUCAUGUUUUUAAUCCCAGAGCGCUCUGAAACGAGGGUCAUGGGCGCUGCCAGCAGAGUUCAUGAAGAUGUACUUUAUAAAGAAGGAGUGAGAGAGAUUAGAAGAAGACUCAAGCACAGAUAUGAUGGGGCUCAAAUAAUCACAUUUUAUGAUGAAUCAAUAAACCUAAUCAGAAUUCCACCCUUGUUGAAGGCUAAAAUUAUCUUCCCUUUUGGUCUGAACACUUCUUCAUUCUUUAAACACAAGGAUAAACAUUCUCCCCAAUGCUACAGCCGUUAUUGAUGAUGCUAUCUAUCUAGUGAGCACAUGAGGUUUGCCACUGUAGUGCAACGUGACAUUUCCAAAUGUAUAUUUGUUUUCCUUCACGAUGUUUGGAUGGACAAAUGAUGCUGAAAGUGGAGGAGGUGGCCAUGUUUAAGUGCAUUCUUCAGAGGGAUUUUUGAAUUUAACUAUCCUUGGAUUAUGAUGCCCCCCCCCCUCGCCUCCGUUUCCAUCUCUGACCCCCAUCAAACAAACAAACUGCUUCAUCUGCAUCAAUGCCCAAACUAAAGCAGAGCGACUCAUCGGCCCAAAGAAAGGGUAUCUUUACAUGACGUUUCUCUUUUCUGUGUUAUCUCUGUCAGUAAAUGUGUUGAUAUGCUUCUUGCUUUAAACAAAUGGUGUUAAAAAGGAGGACUUUGUGUUAUUUUGGACGAGGAACAGAAGGAGAUCCUCUGGUUAGUGUUUCAUUUCAGUGAGGACCACGCCUGCUUCGACAGCCACAGCCGAGCGACAGAACCCUCCUCUUCUUUUUAUAACGGAAGACAAAAUUUGUUGAUAGCUGUGUGUUUUUGUUUUCCUUUUUUUUUCAAACAGGAGUUGAUGCAACAGAGUUGACAGUUUUAUAUAUCUUCUACGAUGCAUUAUGGUUGCUAAAAAUAAAAAUACGCAGCAAACAAUCAACUGUGCGUGUUAUAUUUAGACUAGAAAAUAUGGAUUGAAGUCUGAGACAUGUUGGUUUGGGUUAGUGUGUUUUACAGCUAAUGGAUUUUUGAUUUGAAAUGAGAUCCAAAAUCAAGAAGCAAGCAGUUUCCUAAUUACUUUUUAAAAAUGGGGGAACAAAACCUGGAAAAACAGGAUUUAUUUUUAUUUUAUUUUAAAGGGACAAUGCUGCACAGAUUAUGGGAUUGCUAAUUUCUAACUCUUGUCCCUGUAACACCUGCAAAUGUAAAACAAAUCUGCAGCUUUUAAUGUAAUAAUCUCAAAAAUGUAAUUUACCACAAACAUAAUAGCAAUUGGCCUCAUAGCUAUUAUAUUUGUAGGGAUCAUUACAUUUAUGGGUAGCUAAAAAUCCCUCUCUCAAAAUUUGAUUAACUUCCUGCCAAUGUCAUGUGAAAAUCACAAAGUUGUGAUCAAUGUUUGCUAAAGCCUUUUCAAACUUCCAGUGGGUUCAAGCUCAAGUCACGUUAAAAAAAUGUCAUGACAGUUUUUUUUUAUUCACCAUGAAAUGGGAAGUUUCAGAGAGUUCAGAGCAACCACUUUUACAUUUGAUGGAAAUGUAGUACAUUUUUGGGUUUAUUAUGUUUAAAAACUGUAGGUUCUUACUACUUUAAGGUUUAUUAUGGGUGUAGGGGGAUAAAAACUGCUGUCUCUAAAAAUUGUAUGAACUUCCCUCAGAUAAAGUGAAUAUGAAAAAAGGAGGAUUGUGGUCAUUAUUUGUUGUAGCUUUUUUACAAAUGCCAGUGGGCUCAAGUCACAUCAAAAAGUGUAGUCAUGCCGAUUUUAUGUUUGCCAUUAAACAGGAAGUUUCAGAGAGUUCAGAGUCUUAACACUGGUAGAGCCAUACAAUAGUUAUGCUUGCAGUGGAUAACUGUUAUUACAUUUGUUGGAAAUGUACUACGUUUUUUGGUUUAUUAUGUUAAAAAACUGCAGAUUUGUAUUACGUUUGUGGGAAGAUUAAAAUUAUCAUCUCAAAAUUUGAUUAACUUCCAAAAAAAGUAAUGCAAACAUGAAAAAUUUAAGUUUUGGUCGCUGUUUGUUAUAGCCUUUUGACAACUGCCAGUGGGUUCAAGCUGAAGUUGUGUAAAAAAUUUAGUUCUCACUUUUUUGUUCGCCAUGAAACAGGAAGUUACAGAGAGUUUUGUGUUAAAACACUGGUAGAGUCAUGUUAUAGUUAUUACAUUUGCAGUGGGCAACUGAUGUUACAUUUGUGGGAAAUUUAUUACAUUUCUUGUAGUAUCUUAAAAACUGCAGAUUUGUAUUACAUUGUAUUAAAUUUGCAGAUGUAACAGUCCCUGGUUGGGCCUUAAAGUAAGCAGUUCAAAAAAUGUAUAACAUUCACCAGCACAUAAAGGAACUGUAGUAAGUAUCUGCUCUUCCCUGUUUCAGGUAGUACAAAGUACAGUUUCUCCUUGUUUUCUUUAAAGAAAUGUUUUUUUUAAAGUUUGUUUUUAAUCUAAUAAUAAAUGCUACAAUUUCACUGUAACAUUCUUUUCUCCUUUAGUGUGAUCUGGGGCAGGUGUUGUGAAAAAGGAAUGUUACAUCUUCAGUCUUCCAUCCUUU